CACUUUGGGGUAUCCACCCAGUGUUAUAAACAGCUGAGUAGCAUAUUGUAUAGGUACUUUAUAGGUUAGAAAAUGGUAUGUUUGUUUUGGUAAGAUUUGGUAGUUGAAAUGUCUUCGACACGGAUGUCAUAGUGGGUCAGUCAAGAACUGAGACCUGUAGUGAUAUUUUCAACUUUACCUAUACGCUUUUAGCUAUAUUGAGUGGACAAAACUUACCGGAGCGGUAGGUCAGUAUGUGCGUUCACUCCGUUGCAUUUUGCGCAUCCAUGUCGUGUUCCUGCGUUGUGCUAGGACACAGGCACUUUGUUUGCGUUGGGAUAUAUACAUUUCACAAUUGAAAUACAUUUUAAAACAUAGAAAUACCACGUAUUAACAGUAUGAUUUCGAUAAAACCGAGCAGUUGUUUAUUUCAGCGGUAGACACUGACGGCUGUCAAUGUCAUUUGGUUUUUUUUUUGUCCAUGGUUCCGUAACAGACGGUCGGUCACACUUGUUGUACGACAAUAAACAUAUACUUGUGGUUCUUUUAUCUUUUUAUAAUUUCCAAUUAUUAAUAUAGUCCGUAUUAUUUGCUUCCUAAAAUGAGUAACUCUUUUUAUUGUUGAUAUUUCGAAUUAUUCCGAGAGUCAAACCGGUCAGUUGUGGUAUCCAUUGAAUGAGAAGGUUUUCAUUCAUCAGUUUGUCUGUGGUUUCUCGGAUUGGAAUUUUGAUAAAUCAUUGUUCGAUCGAUCUUCAAGAUGUGAAGUAUAUUAGAAAAUCUUUCGGCAAUCAAUCUUAGGGCUCGUCCCAAAAUGUGCAUAAUUUAGCGUCUUAGAGCCUACCUAAAAUGGCGGCUGCUAAUCUUUUUCCUUCAAUUUAACAUAACUUGGUGAGUUUCCACACUUUUUAAAUAUAUAAAGAAGGAAAGGCGGAGGUAGUGUGUCCUUUCGCAAAUGGGUUAAUAUAGUGUUUUAUGUGGAUUUUCCAGCAAAACCUAAUGUAACGUCAACCACCUCUUCGUCUUGCCACGCGGUCUGCAGGCGCCGUCGUUGGUAUAGGAAAUAAUGGACCCGGCAUAAACCCCGGUAAGUCGUUUAAUCGCUUCAUUGCCGUAAUUUAAAUCGUGCUGUGCCUCAGUUUAAAAUAUAAUUUUUCUAUAAAGCUAAACGUGUUAAAACAUAAUUUUUUUUAACCUAGAACAUUUUCUUUGUUCUUAGGGUUUUUUCCUGGACCCUGGUUUUUCUGGACCCUGGUUCUCUAAGGCUGUGCCAUCCGGUGGCAGCGUUCUUCUUGGCAGUGUCCGUGAAGUUAAGACUUUUAUGAAUAUACCUUUAGUUAAAUAUGGACUCUUUACGCUGAACAGGUAACCUGUAAUCCCUGUGAGCAAUUGCUUACUGCUAAACAUCCCCGGAGGUUGGGGCAUAACUUUUACUUUAGACAGUGUUAUGUUAGGAAGACAAAUUUUGAUAUUGUUGUCCGUAGACACAGAGAUGUCUAUGAUGUAUUUAGUGUAAAUUUCAAGAAAUAGUGGUGUCACUAAGAAGUAUUUAGUAUUACUUAUUUACUAAUAAAUAACUCGUGUUGACCGUAGCGGGUCAUAUAUAUUUAAGGAAUAAAGGUGUGUAUUAAAUAAAUUUGGGAUUUUCAUUUGGAUACGUCAUGCGCUUGAUGAGGAUAGUAUCCUGGCGUCCUACCUUAAAUUUUUGGAUACCUAUUCUCACUCCAUAGUGGCCUGAACCGCGACCCUAUCUAUGAUUGUAGUUAGCCGAAGGUAUUUGUGAACUUUUCAGUAGUGAAGUUUGGUGAGUUCUGGAUCACUCCAUAGAAACACGUUUCCUUCUAUGGAAACGGUCUUUAACAAUAAUAGAAUCGGAUCUUCUCCAUAUCCAGAGCUCACCCACACCUAUUACAGUGGCAUGCCCAACGUAUGGCCUAUGGAGUAUGACAUGUCCAAGUGAAACAUUUUUGCAUUAUUUUAGUAUUAAGGUUAUUUUAUGUAAAAGGGAUUGCAAGUUAUUGUUGUAAAUUGUUGCUUGAGUUGGAGGUUAAACUUAUAAAUUUAACCAACUUAUAAAUAAAACUAUACUACGCUAAAUAAUUAGCCUUACAUAAGAUAAAUUUUCUCACUAUUUUAAAAUACUUUAAAAGGGUUAAAAUCUAAUAAAGUUUUAACUUACUUUAAAAUAUUACAAUUCAAAACCUGACACUGACUUACUUCUGAUAUUAAAUAUCAAUCUUAAAAAAUGGAUUUCCUAAAUGCGGGAUGUAAAAUCAUACAUUUACAUAAAGACGAAAUGGCACAUGAACUGGCGAUUCGCAGACUUCCGGUUAAUCCUGUAUCGCGUCGGUCCAGCUUAUGUCAUGCGUUAAAACAGACGGCGGAUUUAGCCAAAAAGGGUAGUUUGAAGUGCCAGGACUUGUUAAUAAGUAACGAAGUUGCCGAAUUGGAGCUCUGCCAACGUAAGGUAGAGGAAAUAGAUUUAGAAGCGAAAGGAGACUUAACGGCGUCGGCGAUUGAUAGACUAUCCUCGCGAUGCAAAUAUCUCUUGUGUCGUGUUUCACGGUUACCUCAGGAGACCGAAGCGGUACUUCUGUUGAAAACAUUAAUUACUUCUUUAUUAGAUCGGUUGAAUGAGCAAGGCUCUUCUGCGUCGUCUGGGUCGGAUGAUGAUUUUCAAUCUCCUAACGAAUCUCGUAUUGUUAGGGAAAUUAUUUAUAAAACGGACAAGACUUUCAACAUAAAUUCCUUGAAUUUGAAAUUCAAAGGUGACACCUGCGUUCGUACGUUUCUGUCUCGCCUCGAGGAGUUGCGAGAUGCCAGAGGAAUCUCAGAGAGUCGUACAUAUAGGGGAUUUCCUGAAGUUCUUGAGGGUCCGGCGUUGUCGUGGUUCCGGUCGCAACGUACGAAACUUACUACAUAUAAGGAGGUCACCGCGGCUCUACAAGAGGAGUUUGACAUACCUGAUUUGGAUCACCAAUUGUUGCAGGAAAUACGGGCUAGGACUCAAGCCAAGUCCGAAACAAUUGUCUUUUUCGUUUCAACCGUGUUAGGGAUGUAUGAGCGUCUGACGAAGGAGGUUCCUGAGCAAGAGAAGCUGGAUACUAUGAUGCGGAAUAUUCGCCCAGAGUAUUCCAAGGAUUUAGCCUUACACGACAUAGAAUCGAUAGAGCAAUUGAAGUCUUUGUGUAAGCGCAUUGAAUUGGCGCAAGUCAAGGCGAAGCAGUUUCGCGAACCGAGUCUCUCAAACAAGACUAAUGAUUCUUCCUCUGACCAUCCGUCGAAGAAUGUAGAACCUCGUAAUAAGUCGUUUCAGUCUCGUUUCCCUAAUUCUUCCAGAAACUUUGUUGCUUCUGUGGCACAAAGCUCUUCUCACACGAAAUGUUUUCGAUGUGGUAGGUCCAAUCAUAACACUAAAGAGUGUAAGAGCUCUCGAGAGAUCGUUUGCUUUAAAUGCGGAGAAAAAGGGGUGAAAACUCCAGAAUGUGUUAAAUGUAACUCCAAGACAAAAAACUAAAUAGGGUCUUUUCUGCUAAUAACAAUUCUAGAUCUUCUGCUCCCUGUCGUGCAGAAAAGACAAUCUUCUUUAAUCCUCCGAAGGGAGAUGACAGGGUAUAUGCUCUCUUAAAUAUACUUAACUUGAAUUUCAAGGCGGUAUUAGAUUGUGG